CGCAUGCGCGAGACCUUCGCGAGACCUUCGCGAGUUGUCCGCGAGGCCGCCUCGCCCAUGUCAAUCCGGACUUGGAGCGCCUACGAACCGAGCGACUCCCAGAUACCGGUAAUCCAGGCAUCAACUGCACUGCGUAAACGCGCCUUUCAUGUAGCAGAUGCGACGGAUUCCCAUCGAUAUAUGAGCCCGGCGUAUGCCAAAGACCGUGAUUGAACAGCCCGGAACUAUGAUUAUGAA